AUGCUUCAGAUGCGCACUGCUUUGUUUUUGCUUGUUGUGAUUGCAUCAGUCGCUGUUCAAGCACAAUCUAAAACACUUCCCGACAAAUUUCUUGGAACAUUCAAACUUGAGCGAGAUGAAAACUUCGAUGCAUACCUUAAAGCCCGAGGUUAUGGAUGGCUAAUGCGACAGAUGAUCAAACUAGCAGGUGUGACCAAAAAAUUCAGGAAAGCCGAAUCAGGAAGGCCGAACCGAUAUGAUAUGGAGAACCUAACGACGAAGAAGGAUACACAUCACAGGGAUUGGGCACUCGGUGAAGAAUUCCAAGAUGAAGCUCUUGACAGUACUCAACAUAAGAUUACCUUCGAUCUGAAAAAUCCCGAUACGCUAACCGAAAAGCACAUUAAAAUGGAAGAUCCAACUGAUGUUGAGACGUAUGAAUACACUCGUGAUGGCGAUUAUCUGGUUAUGGUAAGCGACCUUUUAUUGUUACUUGAUUUGAAAUAA